UGAGAUCGGUAGGACUACUGACUCGUGAAACGACAAUAUCAUACAAAGAUCAUGGUAUUUUCACGUUCAAUUUUCUUAUUUGGCAAACAUUUGGGCCUACAAAGGUUCCCCACCUUUGGAAAAUUCAUACACCGCCACUCCCCAGGCUCCAAGUACCAACCCGGCAGUUAUCGAGUGUUCCAACUAACUAUCAAAGUUGGACUAAACCAACUACCAUUCUUCUUCCUACUUUCUUUGUCUCAGUCCCCACUAGUUCUUUCAACUUUCCUCAGUAUCUUUUCUUCCUCCAUAUAUAUACUGCUACUAGUUAUCAAGUCCCUUCAACUUCACACACCGCCAAUAUUGUAUCUACAUAUUACUAAUGGCGGACUUGGAUAGCUCUUCUGAAGAUUCCUCUAUGGAUUCCAAGUCAGAGGAAUCCACUGAAGACUCUAGACUUGAGUUCUCAGAGGAUGAGGAGACCCUUGUUAUUAGAAUGUUCAAUUUGGUUGGUGAAAGGUGGUCUCUGAUUGCUGGGAGGAUUCCUGGAAGGACAGCCGAAGAAAUCGAAAAGUAUUGGACUUCAAGAUAUUCUGCAACCCUAUAGAUCAUGAAAUUUUGAUACCUGUAAUCUCUGUGGGGCACGCUGUUUUAAUUGCUCAAGCACAUAGUAUUAGUGUGGCUGGAUAAUUGAGAUUAGCUGUGUGUGGUGUUUAGCAUAUAAGUGGGUUAUCUCUCCGGACUUAGAGCGUAAAGAAUCUCGUCCGAGGUCGAGAGUUCGAUUCUAAAUUGGCGCAGCUAUUUCCAAGUUAUUUGCGUUGGGUAUCGACUCAACAAAUCUGUCAGACGGGUUUGUAGCUUUGUGCAUGCCUAAUUCGGUUCGAGUUUGGACUUAAUAGACUGUCCAAAGGACACGCCGAGUUGUUCUUGGUUACCAAUAAAAAGUGUUCUGUGUUACUGCAUAUUAACCGCUCGAAGAUUGUAUGUA